GAAGGAGGUGUCUUCCCUGGCCAUCUUGUGGCAGCUUUACCCUAACUAUUCACAUCAAGCCUCGUAGAAUCGGAGGAGAAUCCCGUCGAAGGGGCGCCAUCAUGCCCGGACAUCUGCAAGAAGGCUUUGGUUGCGUCGUAACCAAUCGGUUCGACCAACUAUUGGAUGAUGAAUCAGACCCAUUUGAAAUAUUAAAAGCAGCAGAGAACAAGAAAAAAGAUGGGGCCGCCUCUGGUUCUACGAAGACCGCUGCUCAAGCUGCAAAGCAACCUAAGAAAGAGUCACAGAAAGAUAGAAAGAACCCUUUGCUUGAUAAGAAAGAGGAAUCGCAGGCCCCAGUACCUCUGAAAAAGGAGGGUAUGAGGAGAGUUGGUCGGAGACCAGAGCAGCCAAAUCAGGCUGGUCCCCAACACCAGGGAGGUCAGGGGGAGGGUCGUCAAGGUGAUAGAAGGCCAGAUAGACGACCCCCACGUGAGCGGCGCUUUGACAAACCAGCUGAAGACAAGCCAGAUGGAGGUGAAUUCCCGGUGGACAAGCCAGCUGCAGACAGGCCCCAGCGUGGACGUGGUGGUGGACGUGGUGGGGGUCGCGGUAGGGGACGUGGAAUGGGACGGACUGAUGGCUUUGACUCGCGUGGCAAACGUGAAUUUGACCGACAGAGUGGCACUGACAAAUCGCAGAAAUCUGGAGAGGAGAAGCGUGGUGGGAGUGGACCGCACAACUGGGGCAAUGCGAAGGAUGAAGCUGGUGAGCAUGACGUGUCUGCUACCCAAGAGGAAACCCAUGAAGGAGAGGAACACGCGCCUGCUGACUCUGAAAAUAAAAGGGAAAAUGAGGUGGAAGAGGUGAAGGAGGAGGGCCCAAAGGAAAUGACCCUGGAUGAGUGGAAGGCCAUGCAGAACAAGGAGCGCACCAAGGUUGAGUUCAACAUCCGCAAGCCCAACGAGGGCAACGAUGGCCAAUGGAAGAAGGGAUAUGUGCUGCACAAGUCCAAGAGCGAGGAUGUUGCUGUGAAACCUGGUGGUUUGAUUGACACUGGAGAGGUUGAACCUGAGGCAUUCCAAAAGGCUCCGGGUGCUGAUGAUGGAGCUGGAGAGCACCACUUCCGUAAGCCGGCCAAUGACAUCACCUCUCAGCUGGAGAUCAACUUUGGAGACCUGGGCCGCCCUGGGCGUGGCCGUGGAGGCGCUCGCGGAGGCAGAGGGGGCCGUGGAGGAGGCGGAAACCGGCCAGGCCGCGGCGGAGGCGGAGCUGGAGGUGGAGGCGCCGGCGGCGGUGGAGGAGACGGAGGCGGAGGUGGAGGCCGAGGCCGACCUGAGAAGGUGAGUGGCGUGUCAGUUCCCAACGUGGAUGACCCAGAGGCCUUCCCAGCCCUGGCCUAAGACCAAGCAUCGAUACCAGCCAUCCCAGAUGCCCCUCCGGGCUCCUCCUCUACGAGGCUUGCAUGCUUACGGAUCCUUCAAUUCUUUAAAAAAACAAAACAAAAAAAAGAACGGGAAAAAAAAAGAUUUUAACCAUGAGACAGACUGUCAUCCAUACCAUUAACACUGAGGACUGAAUUCUACCCCUUUUAAAAGGAAAUUUAAAAAAAUAGCAAAAUGGACUUCUCUUGUUACACUGAAGCAAAUUAUUGGUAGAGUUUUUGUAUUUAGAAACAUGAUAGCAGGGAUGUUUCAUACAGUAUUUUUGUUUUCUUUCCAGAGAUUAUGCAUUCUUCAUGAUUUUAUUUUUUAUUGCUGCUUGAAUGUAUGCAUUUCCAAAACAGUUGAAGUGUGUUGCUGGCUCCUGCUAUGCUUACAGCAUUUUGGCCUUGCCACCCUCACACAUUGUGAAAUUGAUGCUUUUGGGGAUCACCUUUGGGCUAAACUGAAAGGGGAAUGCUAGGUGAUGCGAUAUUCCAGGAGAAAUUCCUCCGUUCCCAUUUUCCAAUAAUUUAAUUGUAGAAGACCAGGCAUACUUGUGUGUAAAGUUUUGAAAACCCUGACUUCUAGUUAUCUAGACGUGUGGGGUUUUCCUUUUUUUUUUCAGCUCUUGCCAUUGAAAGCAGAUGCUACUGUUUUUCUUUCUUGACAUCUUUGUUUUGUUGUUGUGUGGACCAGUGGUCUUAGUACUUGUGCUUGUCCCUGACCAUCGUCGAGAUGUGUCCCUGGUCUUGUAAAGGCAGCCAGGGACCAGUGUAGCUUCAGGCUGGUCCUUGUAGGUUGUAUGGUUGUCUUAUAGAAAAUUUAGGACCACUAUCAGAAAAAGAAUUGUGUGUAUAUAUAUUUGAGCUUGCGUGUGUGUGUGUGUGUGUGUUGUGUGCUUGUGUAUGGGUGUGUGUGUGUGUGUAUGUAUGUACGUGUGUACUGAGUGAGAGUGUGUUUUGAAUGAUAAGGACUCAUUUGGAAGUACUCAUCUACCAUAAACGUAUCCUCUCAAACCUAGAUCCCAGGUUACAGCAACUCAGUUUCACCUUGAAUUAGUUUUGUGUUGAGAAUUUGUAGUGGAUAUUUUCUAGGUUAUAUUGUGGAUUUAUCUUGCACUUAGUUAAUAACAUAUCUCAUGAUCGCAUAUACGCACGAAUUGUGUACAGUACAAUGAGGUUUGUUUUUAAUAUUUUUUUUUUCCCUUUUGUGGUCUGCCAUUUCUAUUUUUGAAUUUAAUUUCUAAGAAUUUCAAUAAUUCAGUGUGGAACAAUAGAGUGCUACUAAAGUAUGAAUACCAACCUUGCCCAUAUCUGGAUGUCUGAUUGCACCAUGGCCUAGGCAAUGGCUAUGGCAAUGGCUCACAUAUGGAAAAGCAUAAUUUAGCUUAAACCAAACAUGACACACGAGGAAAGUAAAAAAGAACAUUUAAUUUUCAGAGUUGUAAAUUGACAUUGACCUCAAGCACCUGUGUGGCUUUCCCUUCUUAAGUAGGUUUCAUUGCUCAAUUUAUUGAAGAGCCAUACUGCUAAUGCAGACAUGCAGUCAUGGGUGACAUCAGGUUGAUUUUGUUUUUAUGUUAUUUUAUUUUGGACAAAUGAGACUUCUGCGAACAUCCCUGUUCAAUAAAGUACUUAGAGGUGUUAAAUGUAAACCGCCAUGAGUAGUGUGGAUUGAUGUUAAAAGUCGUGGUUUUAAAA